AAUACAAGAUCCGCCGAGUAGAAGAUCGUGGUACAAAGAGGUUUGUAAAUUGAAAAACAAUGGCCCGUACUAAGCAGACCGCGCGUAAAUCCACUGGAGGAAAGGCGCCAAGAAAACAGCUGGCAACUAAAGCCGCCAGGAAAAGCGCGCCCUCUACUGGAGGAGUGAAGAAGCCUCACAGAUACAGGCCCGGAACUGUUGCUCUGAGAGAAAUUCGUCGUUAUCAGAAGUCAACAGAGUUGCUCAUCCGCAAGUUGCCGUUUCAGCGUCUGGUCAGAGAAAUCGCACAGGAUUUCAAAACUGACCUGAGGUUCCAGAGUGCUGCUAUUGGCGCUCUUCAGGAAGCAAGUGAGGCCUACCUUGUCGGUCUAUUUGAGGACACCAACUUGUGCGCCAUUCAUGCCAAGAGAGUAACAAUCAUGCCCAAGGAUAUCCAGCUUGCAAGGCGAAUCAGAGGAGAGAGGGCUUAAUUUUUACUUUUUUUAUUUCAACUUUUAAAGAGAAACACUCAUAAGUAAAAGCAAUGGAUUUGUACAUUGGAGUCAUUUUGUAAAGCAUUCCUUACAGACUCAGGUUUUUAAAGUGAGUGUGUCUAGAUUUACAUUUGUAGUGCUCAUUGUAAGGCAGCUUUAGUUGCAUGCUUAGUAUUUAUCUCUUCCUUUUUCUUUUCUUUUUCCAUCGAUCAUUGGGUUGUAAAUAAAAUUUACUCUACCUCAAA